AUGUUUCGUCGACUGUUCUGGACUUUCGAUCCAUGUGUUAGAGCCUUUCCCUACUGCAAACCACUAGUGCAAGUUGAUGGAACAUGGCUUUAUGGAAAAUACAAGCAAAUACUUCUGAUUGUGGUUGCACAAGACGGUAACGAAAAUGUACUAUCGAUCACUUUUGCCAUCGUAGAGACUGAGAACUCUAAAUCGUGGGCGUAUUUCAUUCAGAACUUACGGAGACAUGUUGUCAGGCAAGACAACAUUUGCAUUAUCUCCGACAGAUCGAAGGGUCUUGUUGCUGAUAUUCGACAAUCUGAGGUUCCAUGGAGGCCCGUCUAUUGUAUUCGUCACAUCGCUGUCAACUUCCACAAUCAGUACAAGAAUAAAGACUGGCGCAAACGAAUUGUGAACAUGGGAUACGAGCUGGAAGCACACUGUUUCAGACAUAAGUUGGCGAGGUUAGAUACUGAUAUGGCGGGGUCCAAUCUUUCUCUCAGACAGUGGUUAGGUAGCAUAGAGCCGUGGCAAUGGGAUCAAUAUUUUGACGAGGGGUACUGGUAUAGUCAAAUGACAACUAACCUCGUUGAGGCCAUUAACUCCGUCUUGAGGCGUACGCGUCACUUGCCAAUUUCAGCGGUUUUUUCAGCCACAUUUUAUUGGCUAGCAAUCUUAAUGCCAAAAAUGGGGUUGAAACAAGCAAAACAGUUAGAGGCAGGACACGUGUACGUCGAAAAAAUUAGGGAUGCCAUGAAAGAAAACGCUCAAAGGGCUAGGUCGAUGAAUGCAGAACUAUAUUCCCAAAAUUUGGAAACUUUUCGAGUGACAGAGUAUACCGGUCGUCGGUCGGGGAUCUUGCCACGGUUUUACAGAGUUGAUCUUUGA